AUGUCUACCAAAGCGUUCGCUACUUCAUCUAUCACAGACCUGGUUGAUUUCAACCAGCAAAGCCUGCUUGUCGCUGCUGGAUCUAUUGCAUUCAAUCCUAUAUUCUGGAACGUCGUUGCAAGACAAGAAUACCACAACAAAGUCCUUACCAAGCUUUUUGGAGGAAACUCGCGGUAUGGAUGCUACUUCCUCGCGGUGGUGAUCUUCGGAAUUGGGAUCCUCCGUGAUACUAUUUAUGAGCGCGCUCUCCGCGAUCAACCAGCGCUCGAUGUGCUGCAGACGGACACUGUCAAGAUGGCCGCCGGUGGAAUGUUCUUGGCCGGGAAUGUUCUCGUUUUGUCAUCCAUGUGGGCAUUGGGUCUGACCGGUACCUAUCUUGGUGACUACUUUGGGAUCCUUAUGGACGCCCGUGUUACUUGCUUCCCGUUCAACAUCACGGAUGCGCCAAUGUACUAUGGUUCAACUCUGUCGUUCUUGGCGACAGCGCUCUGGUUCGCAAAGCCAGCUGGUAUCUUGUUGACCGCAUUGGUCUUUGUGGUGUACAAGGUGGCUUUGACCUAUGAAGACCCCUUCACCGCCGAGAUCUAUGCCAAGCGCGAGCGCACCAGGGCCCAGAAGAGCAAAUAA